AGAGAGGGAGGCUGUGGCGUCCGCGAGGAGGAGAGACAGGAGGAGGAGGAAGAAGAGGAGGAAGAUUUAUCCUGCAGACAGACAGACAGACAGACAGACAGACAGACGGGACCGGAAAGAAAGAAAAGAAUGUGGAAUAACCCGCGUGCUGAGCGCGCGACACCCUGAGGAAUAUUUGAAUUUUUCCUUCUUGUUUUUGUGGAUUUGAUUCAGCUGCUGCCGACACACACACACACACACACACACACACACACACACACACCGAGAGUUCAACCCGGUACCGGACUGCUCGUGCGCGUGUCCAGGUGUGUGUCUGAGGCUGUUGUUAAAUGAGCUGUGUUUCCAGUGGAGUUCUGCACAGCUGUGACUCUCUGCUGUUUGACCCGUCCACUGCUCCUUCACACCAGACCUCAUUCAAAAAAACACAAUUUCACAAAUUGACAAAUUCUGGGAGGAAAUCCAAACCGUGCGCGUUUGCCUAUUUGUUUGUUUUGUGUGGUUAUUGCGCACGUGCGCGUCCACGCCCCCCGUCCUGCUGCGGAUCGAUGAGGAUGGAUUAAUUGAUGACUUGAGAUUGAAAUGUUUGAAGCGGAUGGAGAUUAAAUCAGACUGGACUUCACACCACAGAAGAAGAAGCACACAAGACAUUGCCGAGUGAGCUGUGUCCUCGAGGCAGACGGUCCCGUCUGAAGCAGAAACCAGAGGACUGCAGGCUCACAGCAUGGUGGAUGGUGGCUCCUCUUACAGGAUGAACCCUCUAGCUGCCCUCAGCAUCGACUGCAACGCCCUGGUCGGGGAAAACUUCCGCCCCCACGGAGGAAUCUUCUACCCCAGCAUCCACCCUCUCUCUGCUGAAAAGCCUCAGGAAGCCUGCACUUCCCUCCCGCUAGGCUAUGAUCUCCUGUACAAACCGGGUGUCACUGUGUUGGACAGCCAGAAAUCCACGAACGAGUAUGUUGGACUUCAUAAGAGCCCCCCUCCAGGGCUGCAGAAGACCCUGGUGGUCCCUGCUGCAGGAGGUGAUGGACUGGGACUGGACCGCAGAGUUCUACCCAAUGACAAGCAGUCGGAGGUGGGUCCGAACAGCGCUGGCAGCUUCCUGAGAUUGCCCUGGAUCAGCCCUUAUGCUGAUGCAACAAUGUACCCCUUCCUGGACAUGGCCUACAAGGCCUCCUUCCUGUCCCAGCCCUCACCUUUCCUCCACCAGCAGCUGGCCUAUCAGUCUUUGUGUGCGGCUGGGGCAGGAAGUGGCACACCAGGGGAAGACAGACUCUUCUACCUGCCUCAUUAUGGCCCCGCCCACAUCUCCUCCCCACUGGGCCCUCUAAUCAGGAUCCCUGCAGCCACAUCAGUUCCAGCUGUCCUUUCACCCUUGCCCCACAGCCAGGACAAGGCCUUACAGGGCCUCGGCCCUCAGGUGCAUCAGGAACACUCUGCCUUCAGCACUAGUCCACGGAUUCACCAGGAACCGCAGCCUCAAGCUGUUCUUCACACCGAGCGACAACAUGGCAGCAGCAGCAGCGGCCCAAAAUCAAGUCAAUCCACGUCCACCAAGAACACUGUCAGCAUCAGCAGCAGUGGAAACACUGGUGCCCCAGUAAGCAGUUCAACCAGCACUGCUGCUUCAGAGACCCCAACAGUUACCCACUCUCCAGGCUCGGCUCCCCCACCCCUCAGCUACACCACCACAGACCUCCAGAAGCCUCUGCACAGGACCACCUCCUCAUCCUCAACCUCCCUGUCAGUGUCUCAUUCCUUUAACAGCUCAGAGCUCUGUUCCCCCGUGCACUCAGGCAACAAAAAAACCAAAGAUGCCAGCUCUGACCGCUGUACUGCAGAGUGUCCUUCACCUGUGAAGACGUCACUAGACCAAGUUGUACCUCAAAGACCUGCCAAAACCCCCAAGGAGAUACCUUUAGAUGUGUCCGCCAAAGAGCUGGAAGAAUUCUCAAAUGGAUUCCCAUCCAAAUUUGAGGCCCUGGCCAAGCUGGGGUAUUUACCCCCAUCUCAUUAUGGGCUGCUGGCCGGUCAGGACCGGAACCUAAAGGAGGGUCUACCCCCAUCUGUUAGCACGUCAGCUAAGACUCCGGAUUGUGCUGAGAUGAUCAGCACUGCAUCCUCUCCUUGGGUUGUUCCGGGUCCUUCCCCAGCUGGCAGCUCUGACCUUAACAGAGGCUCCCAGAGUCUGAAAACCAAGAGUGUGGACAACAUCUCUCAUCAACCACAGCCUCAAAACUCACCUGGCCGCAACACAGUUGAGGUAACCAGCAUUCCCAGCCCCACCUCAAGGGAAAAACCCUCUGCAUUAUCCCCAAAGUCCAAAGUGGAAUGGCCUGGAGUCCCGUUGACUGAUGUGGAGAAUCCAAACAGUAAAACAGAAACUCUUGUAUGCCCCAGAAAACAGAGCACAUCUUCGGCUAAACCAGAAGCUCAAGAGAGCCAACCUCAACCUCAGCCUCAACAGCAGCAGCAGACUCGUGUGGGAAACUCCUCCGGUCAGAUCUACUGUGACUCCUACCUCCCUCCUGGCUUAGGGUACACCAACCGCUAUAUCCCAUACUCAGUCGCUGAGAAUAUGUCCAUCCACAACAUGGACAUACCAGGCAAAGGACCUGUCUAUUCCCACCCUGCCCUGUUGAGCAGCAGCAGCAGCAUUUACCCACCUCGCAUUGCCCCAAAACUUCCAUAUGGAGUACACCCAAACCAGGGUGACUUCAUGACAUACCAGAACUCCCGGGGGGUGGCCCCUCCGUCUGUCUCCUCCCACCCAGGUCUUGACCGACUUGAUGACAAAACCUGGAUUGCUGAACCACAGAGAAACCAGGAAAAACUAAAUGCUAACAACAAGACAGACAAGUCAACAAACCAGACCACAAAGUCCUCAGUCAAAGGCCUCACCUCCGCUACAGAUGAUGUAGUCUACAUCGACCUGGUGCGUGACGAGGUGAACAAUGACGCAUCCCCCAACAUGCGCAGCAGAGAGGAUUCCUCUAAACAUGGCUGCGGUGGCUGUGACCACAUCCAAGAAAGAGAGCCUCCAAAAGCCCUUCCUUCCAGCCAGGCUGCAGAGCAGAGACAAGACUUACCACCUUCCCAACCACAACCUCCUUAUCACAACUCUUUGUCACCUCCUCCCUGCAGUGAGGAGAUCUCGGAGGAGAUCCCAGGAGAGGACGAGCCACUAAGUCCAUUCCCAGACAUCCCAGAGGAACAGACGAUGCGCUGUGCCCGAACUUCUCCACAGCAGUUUUCUAGAUGGUGUAAAACUGGAGCUCCUGGUGGUGCUGAGGACUCAAUACCAGGUAAUGGUGUUGAGAGCACUGCUGAUGAAGCCAAACCAGAGGCCUUGGCAAAUAAAAAUGUUGACCCUGAGCAGAGCCCCUCCAGGAAUGGCAACACCUUGGGUCCUUCCAGCAAAGAAAGUUGCUCCAGUGACCAAAACAGCAAUGUGGGCUCAGUGUGUGCCGUCACCAGCCAGAAGAGUCCAGCUUGCCAUUCAGAUAGUCCAGUUAGCAGCAGUCAGGGACCAGUAUGUAGAGACUUAAGUUCUCAGGUCCCAGUAUGCAGGAGUUUGAACCCCAGGAUCAACCCGAAAAGUCCCACAUCAAACAGUGGAGAUAUAAAUUUGGUCAGCAGAAGUUUUGUGGGUCCGUGUUGCAGAAAUCUGUCUCUGAGGACCCCAAUGUGUGAAACCAGACUUUUCAGUGGUCCAGCUCCUGGAAAUACCAACCCAAACUGCAGGAGCAUGAAUCCACGAUUUACAAGUUGUGAAACCCACAAUGCUGUGCGCCCAGUUUGUGGAAACAUCAGUCUCAGGACUCCUGUGUGUGGAAAGAACUGUAUUAGUUGUCCAAAUUGUGGAAGUAUGCUCUCUAAAGCCCAGACUUUCGGAAAUAACAAUCCCAGGGUGCCCACGUUCGGAACCAGCUUUCCUCUGGGCCCAAACUGUCAGCAUCUUUCACCCCCUGUCAAUGGAGGCUUCAAAGUGACGCCUGCAGAUCUGACUCCAGAACCACCAGCUAACAAAAACCUUCUUUCCAAGGACACAGAGUCCAGGAGAGACGGGACGAGCUCUGCCAGCUCUGCAGUUGGAAAUGAAGACAUCCAGGACAGCGUGGAUCACCUGGCAGACGAUGAUGAGGGCUCCUGCUGCAGCAAGAACCGGCGUUCCGGCCUCACCAAACGCAUCGCCAACUCCUCCGGCUAUGUGGGUGACCGAUUUAAAUGUGUGACCACGGAGCUUUACGCCGACUCCAGCAAGCUGAGCAGAGAGCAGAGAGCGCUUCAGCGUGCGAUGCUGCGUUUCUCUGAGCUGGAGCUGAAGGAGAAGGAGGGAGGAAGAGGAGAGGAAGAGGAAGGAGAGGUGACAGCAGCAGCAGUGAUGACGGUGGCAGCGGAGGUGGGAGAGACGGAGCUGGCAGACGGCCAGGAGGGAGACGAAGGGAGAGAAGGAGAUGAGGAGGAGGAGGAGGAGGGGAGGAAGAAAGAAGGAGGAAGAACUCCCUCUGCAGCUGCCGAGGCUCCAAGAGGUUUCCAUCCUGCCUGUCCUCACAGCUGCCUCUCCGUCCUGCCACUGUGCCGUCACAUCGACAACCUCCCCGUCGUCCAAGAGAAGGAUGACAGCUCAGUGGAGGAGCAGAAGAAGAACAGAGAUGAAGGAGGAAAUGUGCAGGAGAAGAAGAACAAAGAGGAAAGGACUUUAAUCCCACAACAGCAACAACAACAACGACAACAACAGCAACAACAACAACAACAACAACAACAACGACAACAAAGGUUUCUGUCCACAGCCAGAGGCCUGUUCCAGGGACACGGCUCCACGCCGACGCUUGCCCGUUCAAACCCCGGCGCGGCGAUAAACAGGAGGCGCAUCUUCAGUCUGGAGCCGUUUCACCAGAGCAGCAUCAUCAGUAGCCGGCUGAAGAGAGGGAGGGAGGAGGACAGAGAGGAGGACAGGGAGGAGGACAGGGAGGAGGACAGGACGGGAAACCCCAACAAAAGGACCAAGUCCGCCACCGACUCGAAUCUGGACGACGUGAAGAAGCUAAAGGUUUGCAUCGAGCUCAACGGUCUCCGUCUCAACAAGCCCCGCCUCCCCGGGGAGCUUAGACAAUGGCUUCCCUCCGGCCAGAAGUCGGCGGAGGUCAACAGGAAGUUCAGAGUGGAGGUCCCAGCUGUCAGGGGGAGGUCAGAGAUCAAAGACGGCUGGUGUGACCCUAUGUUUGUGAGGAGGGAUGACCAGAGAGUUUUUCACGUGGCCACGCCCUCUUCUCCCGCUCAUCUCCCACGACAACUGUGUAGCUCCGCCCCUCGACAACCCUCCCCUGCAUCCUUCACCUCCCUUGCCUCCCCUCGCCUCCAGGACAAGCAUCAGAAGCUGAGGGAGAGCCGAAGAGCCUCCAGUUUCCCCCCUUCUUUACCUCCUCUUCCUUCCUCUUCCUCCUCCUCCUCCUCUUCCUCACCUGACCACCAUCCCUUCCGCUGCCAUGACGACGACCUAAACAAGCCGAAGGGCAAGCGUUCCUGCAAGACAAAGCACAUGGGAGGAGACACGGCGAGGAACGAGGACAGAGACGGAGGAGGGAGUGACGAUGAGACGAGUGGGAAGGUCUCCCCGUCCGAACAGUCUCAGUCUCCGCAGCACACACACGUCACCCGACCUGCCCCCCCUGAAGUCCGCCGCCUCAUCGUGAACAAGAACGCUGGAGAGACGCUGCUGCAACGCGCCGCCCGCCUGGGAUACGAGGAGGUGGUGCUGCACUGUCUGGAGCGAAGGAUCUGUGACGUCAACCACCGAGACAACGCCGGGUACUGCGCCCUGCACGAGGCCUGUGCCCGCGGCUGGCUGGGGAUCGUACGCCACCUGGUGGAGCACGGAGCCGACGUCAACUGCAGCGCUCAGGAUGGAACCAGGCCACUGCAUGACGCCGUGGAGAAUGACCACAUGGAGGUGGUGCGCUUCCUGCUGGCCUGUGGUGCAGACCCCACCCUCACCUCCUACUCUGGACGAGGACCAAUCAACAUGACGCACAGCGUUGCUAUGGAAACCUUCCUGGAAGACUAUCUGUCCGACCUCCAGGGAAGGUCAAAGGGCGAUCCAGGAAUCUGCUGGGAGUUCUACGGCAGCUCAGUGUGCGAACCAUCCAGUGAAGGGGGACAGUAUAACAUUCUUGCUGACCCUCCGGGGCCUGAGGAGGACGAGGAGGAUGAAGAGGAGGAUGAAGAUGAGGAGCAACGUGCCAGGAGGGAGGUGUUUGAGUUUGAACUGUCCGACCGACCACUGCUCCCCUGCUACAACAUCCAGGUGUCCCUGUCCCAGGGCCCCAGGAACUGGCUCCUCCUCGCUGACGUCCUGGGUCGACUUCGGAUGACUUCUCGGUCUUUCCGCCGUCUCUUCCCGCAGCUCAACGUGCAGUCCAUCCCUGAGGAUGAGUUCUACCGGCAGGCGUCCCUGUCUCAGCUCCUGACGGGUCCUGAUGAACAGGAGCUGGUGUCCUUCCGGCCGGACGUCAAGGACCCUUUGGAGCUGGUGGAAGCCACCCCCGAGCUGGCUGGUAUGCUUGGCUCCUCCCUGGAGUUCGUGGACAGUCGCUGGGACUUGCUGGAGGCUUCGCCACCUCCAACGCCGCCCCCACCACCAAUAUCAAGACCAUCACAAAGACCGGUACAACGCUUCCCACCACUGCUGGUACCACAGCGACAAGGGGUGACAGGAGCCAGUGGUAAAGGGGACAUUGUGUUUCAAAACCGGACGGCAGAGUCCGGACAGUGCAAAGAAUUUAAAAACCUGGGAUAUUCUGCUCCAGCAGCUAAAAUGGAAACCAAAAUGGCCACUAGUGUUUGGGAACCACAACAGUUAGGAAGUAAAAACGUUGCAAUACCUGCAAAGCCAAACAUGACCAUGACCACCAGCGUCUGGGAACCACAAAGGUUACGGAGUAAGAACACCGGGAUCACCAAUCUGACUCAUUCGGACUCUAAGAUGGACUUGAACAUGUGGGAACCACAAAGACAGCAAAGUAAGAACACCGGCAUCCCUAACCCUGCUAAUCCGGACUCUAAGAUGGACUCCAGCAUGUGGGAACAACAACGCCAUCACAGUAAGGAUCCUGGGAUCGCUCAUUCUAAGAUGGACUCGAGCUCCUGGGAGGACCAAAAUCCAGGAAACAGAUCCACUGUGAACACUCCGUUCAAGUCCGACCUGGCGGUUGGUGCUAGCAUGUGGGAACCACAGCGACUGCGCAGUAGGAACGCUGUGACCUCUGAUGCCAAGGUGGACGCCGCCCUGUCAGAACCACAGCGGAUACCCAGUAAGAACACUGCUAAUCCUGCUAACUCUAAUGGUGCUGCGGAUGCUAACGCAUGGAAACGACAGAGUCACGGGAGUAAGACUGACAAGGUUUCUGAUUCUACAAAACCAGGUGCUUUGGUUGAUGGAAGCGUUGGGGAACCACAACAACUGCAAAGUCAGAACGCUGGGAUCUCCAGCCCUGCAAAGCUGAAUGCUACGGUGGAUGCUAACAAGUGGGAAUGCCACGGAAUAAAGAGAGUGGGCAGCACCAGCACAGCUCCCAAAAGAGAAGCUAACCCCUGCAACACCCACGACGAUGGAGGUAAGACCAUAAAGAUGGACGCUGCCUGGCAGAGGAACCUGGGUAACGUCAGAGUCCACAUCAGGGACCUGGGGAUGAAGGUGGCGGGGGGUGCCAUCCACAGAGAUGUUAAGAAAGAGCAAGGGAAAAGCACCGCAAAGGGCGCCAGGGUUAAAACAAGGUCAUGACAUCACAGUGUAACCAAGGAAACAAGAAUCCAGUUGACUGUAUAAGACUUUGAGGAGUCUGCUGAGCUGCUGUUGACUAUAGUUCAGAACUCCAUUGAUAACAGAAUCAACGAUUUUACUCAAACUGUUGAAAUGUACAUGUGAAUGCUGUAAUUGUGUGAAGACCAUGUUUGGACACUGAGACAGACAGACUGUCCUCUGUGGACAGACAGAAUGUCCUCUGUGGACAUAUAGAGCGUCCCCUGUGGACAGACUGUAAUGGUACGCUGUGUGUUGUUUGUACCCUGCACAUAUGCGUCUUUUUUAUUAAGGACAGACGUCACUGUUGUUAAAUCUGGCCUUUGUACAUGGAGUCUUGUGUAAAUACGAUACAGUUCCUGUCACGUGCUUUGUUGGUCGGGACAUUG